GCCGCCGGGACGAUCUUAGAGAAUUCCGCGACUCCUCGUCCUGACAGAAAUAGUGCGCGACCGGUAUGCAUUAUUCGUGCGUGUCCACGGACGGCGAGGGGAAUCCCAAGUUCGAUUGCCAUCCGGCGACGACGACGCCGCGAAAACGAGCAACGUCCCCGAAGCCGGCGGAUUUGCCGUCCGUUCGCGAAGACUCCGUUUCCGACUUCGACCGGGUCUCGCAUUGACUGAAAAUACGUGAAACGUGGUUCCCGAAAGCACGGCGGGCGUGGCGAUCUUCUCCGCUUUGCCUUUGUCUUUGAUAGAAAAUUGUCCUUAAUGAAAAAUUCCACGAGCGAAAGUAUCGUUCCGACGAUUUAUCUCAAAGUAGAGGAUCAUGCGCGGGGAGAUUUCACGAUCCUGAAAUCGUAAAGCGAAGUUUUUCCCGAAGAAAAGAAUUGUUUCUAGUACUCAUCGCCAUAUGACUCUGGCCGCGGUGAACGUCUCUGAACCGAUCUCUCGGUCUACGUCGAGCGCCAAACAACGUUUGGAUCGAAUCGACCGGUCUCCUCGGAGAGCGGUUUUGUUCGCCGAUCAGUCAGGACAAUCCUGAAGGAAAGAUAACAUCAGGUGGAGGAAGGGUGCGAUGCAGUGGCGUCGACAGAAGAAGGUCACCCGCGUGAUCGGCUCCUCGAAUCAUGUGCUACUCUUAGCGAGGUACCAAGAUGCUCCACCCGGUGAAGAGGAUGAGGAGGAGGGUUUGCGAAAGGACUAUGUGAAGAGCCAGGAGAAGGAGACGAACGCGCACACACACUUCGAACGGAAUGGACAACAGAGCGGUUACAAGCCACGUCGGGCUGGCACCAGCACCAGCGGCGGAAGUACGAGCGGCUACGCCAGCAGCGGCUCGAGAUCGCACAGGGACGAGAGCGCGGGCUCGCCGUCGCAGCCCAAGAUCAUUUUCAACGAGGAAGAGUACACGAGGAUCACGACGCCGCGGCAGGAUGUUCUCUUCAAGAAGGGCUACCUGUCGCGCAAGAAGCCCUGGACUGGAAACGCGAGCACUAGCGCUACGCCGUCGACCACGGAGAGUCAAUCGGCGUCACAUUCCACCGCAGACGGUAGUGAAACUACAGAGGACCAGCAACUAUUGGAUAGGGACAGCGGAACGGCAGAAUAUCCGCCCGUGGUAGAGCCAGGAGCGCAACUAGGAUAUGGAACGUUUUACGAUCAUGCGAGCGGCUACUAUUACGAAUAUCCUGUGAUGUUGGUCGGACCUGCACCAGUACCUGCUCAAGUUGGACCAAGCGUUCUAGCAACUGUACCCUGCGGCCCGGUUCCUCUAAGACCGAUUGAAUGGAUUAAUCCUGCCUUCGUGCCUAAACUUGCCAAUCAACCAUAUUGUUUAAUGGACUAUCAGACUAAUCAAAGUACAGAACCGGUCACGAUAGUGGAGGAGCAGAACGGCACGAUAGUGACAGCGGAAGCUUCCAACAACGUGUGGAAUGAAAGCGGCACUGGUAGCGCUAGCUGCAGCGGCAGCGUAGCCGAAGAGAUCGAAGAGCAACCCGAAGAGGCGAAUAACGCGACCAUGGAACAGCACGUCGUGAAGGAGCAGCUCGCGGAGGAACAACCACUGGAGCAGCUGCAUCUCGACGGACAACAACAUUUGGAGAACGGCAUGACAACGGUCGAUCCCUACCUGGAUCCGCUAUUGAUGCAAGAACCAGUGCACAUGUCACAUAUGAUGCCGGCCGUGCCGCAGCCGUACAUGUAUCCUGGUCACUACAUGUUCGGGCCUCCUUUGGUCAACGUUAAUGGUGUUACCAUCCAGGGCGGGCCAUUGGUGAGAACUAUGGACGUAACAGCUAUGACAAUGGCGUGCGCCAAGCGAAGAAAGAAGAAAAAGAAAAGAAAACAGAGAAGACCUACUUUGGGUAACACCGAAGAUGAGGAAGAAGGAGAAUACAGUUCCGAAUGUGAUAAUGAUGUAUCGUCUUCCCGAUUACCUUGGUCAGAAUGUCCGACCUCGACCGCGACUGCAACGACGACGGCGGCGAAUCGACCGCUCAAUCCCGAGUGCCAGGAAUUUCAGUUGCGGCCGGACCUGCAAUCGCGAAUCCCCUUUGGUCCUGUUUCGACAUCCAUCGUCACCACCGUGGCCGAAGAAGUCACGUCGUCGUCUGUCACUGACGCACGGGAUGUAUCAUCCUACGUCGAAACGGAAUCCGCCAGUCGCGAGACCGAGACGUGUGAUUCGUCAACUGCUCAAAGUCUAACGAACCAGGAAGAAAUGGCAAUCUGCAACUCGGAGCAAAUCGUGAGGAAGACGUCUUUAGAGAACAUUCAAUUAGUCGCAGUUGGACAUACGCCAAGAAGCAGAAAUACAGAAAUUAACGGUCAAGCGAAUCAUCUAGUCGUGAAUGUGGAAGCGAUAAUGACGAACGAGACUACAGAGAUAAGGAGCAGUGCUCCGACUGAUGUAGCGCCCUCCAGAACUGAUACUAUGGAGAAUGAUGGCGAUUCGACUAGUGCCAAUGUGAAACAUGAGCUAUUCGAAAAUAAUAGCAGCGACGUUAAUACAGAUAUAUUGAGUAAUCGCGUUAGACAUCAUCAAGAAAGUUUAACGAACGGCGAUACGAAUUACGAACAUCUUGCUGACUUGACAGAGAGGGCAUCGAAGUCGAGAUCGGUAAGUCCUCAAAACAAUGGCUCCAAUUUAACAACGAUAAAUAUCAACGAAAAAGACGAAAUUCAACGAUUGCGACACUGCAACAAUUCGUCCGUUACACGAGCAACAUCACUUGGAUUGCCCAGGAAAUAUAAGAAAGGUCUGAAAUUCGUGAGAGAGAGUACGCCCGGACCGGACUUAGAUGACUCCGCGCACCUGGAUGUAGAGAAUAAGAUGCUCAUACAACAGUUCGAAGCCGUUGAACUGUCGGACGCAGACUGCAAAUGCAGUAUUGUGAACGAUAAGCUGGGCGAGACGGAACAGAAAGUGGCGAACAAGGAAGACGCAUCGGAGAUAUGUAACGAGGACACGAUUAAAGCGACAAGCCGAGUCACAGUCGAAGGUUCGAACGAGGAUUCCGGGUUUGAGAGCCAGACUCGGGUGUCGGAGAAGUAUCCCGUUACGGCUGCGGUAAAGGAGUGGCUGCGUCGAGCGAACUCGCCUGAUCUGUUCGUAACAUCAGGGUCAACCUCGGAGAGCGAGACAGACGAGGACGAUGACGAAGAAAUGGAUGUAAAGCCGCCAAAAAACUUGCAAGGCAACCCCAUGCCUGCACUAUCUGCUAAUAGCGGCGUCGACAACGUUACGUUGUCGCGCACGGCUAGCUGCGGCGAAUUCGCAAAGACCAACAACAACAACAUCAACGCCAGGAAUGAUGAGAUGGAAACUGAUUCGGCAUCGAUCGGCAGAAGAAAGAGGGACGCGAAAGUCGUGAAAAGAAAAACAAAGGCAAAGAGAAACGACAAACGGAACAAGAACGUUGAUGAGAAGACGCAGAGCCAGUUGGUUUCCUCGUUGGUUUCGUUGGACUUUGUCACUGGCGUGAGAUCAAGAGACAAGCCGAAGAAUAAUGUUGGUGACGUUUGCGAAUUUACUCAGGAGGAUAGCGUUGCGGGUAUGAGGGUUGCUUUAAGUUCUCGGAUAAACUCGAAGAGAGUUAACGUAAAACGAAUGAAGACAUUGAGAAAAAUCAGUAAAAAUCCUGUUGAGAAUAUCGACAUCAAGAUGAGACGUAUAGAUAAUUUAAACGUCGAGGAGGGCAAAGAGACAAGCGAGGGCAGUAUGGUGAGCGUACGGACGUUCGAGAAGGGGGAAAUUAUCGUCUCGGAAGACGGUAGGUUGUUACCGACCUCCUCGUACGAACCUGUUCCGUUUAACGAUCAUGAUAAUCCCGUCGCGAAGAACGCUGCUUAUAUCGACGUGAUUAACAAAAACGUGGAGAUGCGCGAGAAGACCAGCAGCGAGAACGACGAGAACGAUAGCGUAAUGAUAGCGUCUUCGGUCAGCAUAGAGGAGCCCGACGUGUUGGAGUGUUGGGAAGCGGAAACUGUGGAACCUGUGAUAACCCCGAGGAGGAUGCUGCAAACCCCGGGGGUUUUAUGCGAGGGCGAGGCGGCGGAGGACGAUAACAUCGAGAUCGAACGAGCUAACGUGGAACAUGUGCAGAGGUAUUACAGAUUGGCGCGGGAUACCGUCAAUACGGAGGAGGAGUCGAGCGAGUUCAGCACGUCGGUAAUCUCGUCAAAGUCGAGAACAGUGCCAAAUGAUCCGGAGGACAAAACAAUCGGGUAUUUCCGCGGCGAGGAGAUCCCGAUCUUUAUACCGGACAAAAAUCAGGACAUUACCAUAGGGAACGAGAAGAUACCCAUCGACGAGGCGUUCGAGGCGUACGAGAGCUGUUACACCGGGAAAUCGCCGUUCUUAUCGUUCGAUACGAAGAUGUUCCGGCAACGGCCGUUGUACGGUCAGAACGGCGAGGGUCCGAUACCGAGCAGAGCGGUGUGCUGCAACAUACAAUAAUAUCGUUCGUUACGACGAUAGCCCACGCUUUAGUUGAUUUGUGUCCAGGGAUAGAUCGAGAGUACCUUAGUUUGCAUAAUCGCGAUUAUAGGUUGAUUGAUAGACGUGAUUCGCGAAGUCAUGUAUCCCAUAUCAUAACGCCCGCAACAUACCUCAGAGGGAUGUGUAAAUAGAAGUCAUUCGAGGCAUUAGCAGAACGCAAAACGAUAAUAAAUACCGAUAGUACACAUUAACGAUAACGAUAAUAAAGAGAAAGAAAAGAAUGAAUCGAAUAGCGACAUAUAAGACAGUGCUGGGUGAAGAUGAUAACGGGGGAAGCGACGGGGGAGAAAAAAAAACGCGAAACCUAAUGUCACACAGCAUCAAUAUGUAGACACCAUUGUUCCUGCAAAGUUCUAGUUUCCUUAAGCAUGAAUACAUAUAAAUCAUUUCCAAGAUGAUCAGGCGUAGCUUUAUGGACGUUUGUUCACAUCAAAGUAACAUUAAAGAAUAAGUACGAAUAUAUAUCGUUACAUUGUUGAAAAAAAAUGCGCGUUGCAUCAAUUGUGUGCCUUAUUCUGUGGCGGCCGUUUUUGUAACUAUUUCAAAGCACUCUCCUUGAUAAUAGUCAAUAGCGAGAUAUCAAGGUGCGAUUAAGACUUGUUAAAAUUGAUGAGAGAAAGAGAGAAUGAGAGAGAGAGAGAAAGAGAGAGAGAGAGAGAAGCGCGUGGGAGACCUUGUCCGCUUGAUGAUGAUGAUCCUUAUCAGUGCAUGCGCAUAUUCGUUUAGAUUCCUUUUCACGAAAUUAUUGACCUCCAUUCAUCGGACGCGUCCGAUCCGAUUGUAUGCCGAUUAUUCAUAAAGACAUUAAAGCGUUGCAUCGUACACACACGAGUCAUGUUAUUGUACAAUUAUAUUUUAGUUGAAGUUAACAUGUAUGGAAUAAGUGUACUUGAAUUUUGUUGUGUUUUUGCUUAUAAAAUAUGAAUAAAACGUUUCAAUUUUUAAAGUCAA